GUUUUAAUGUAGAAAACGGAAACACUGCAAUUUAGCUCCAUUUAGGAAAUUUAACAAGCGUAUUCUACAUCUGUCUAACCAGUACUUCGAUCAUGAAUGUUUUACAGCUGAGACGCUAUUUAAAUCAUGGUGGCGCGUAGCUGCUAGCUUUUUCCUUAUAUAGGAAGAAGGGAACGGUCUGUAACGACAGCUUCCUGUCGGUGGGGAGGAUGCACAACUGGAAAUAUACUUUUAAAGUCAUUCAGCAUCAAACUGUAUGAAUGUUGCUCAUAUUUUAAUAACUACUAACUUUUACAGAUAAUAAAUUCAGUUCAAAAACUCAUCUUUAAAGUUUCGACAACGCAGGUCACUAAAAUGCAGCCAGUGGGACCUCAUUUUAUCUACAAUCUCAGUUUGUCUGACUCUGCAAACUUUUUUCAUUAGUCAAAUUGGUGAAUAAAACAAAUUAGUAUGCCUUAUGUCCAGAGUCAUAUUUGAUGCAGGUGUCAAUGAGAUACUAUUACAGAAACCGUGAAGUAUUUAGAGAAGCUUAUUUCUAGUGCACUUUAAUGACAUUGGUUUCAUUAAAUGUUGUACUCAGUACUUGUUUUUGCAUAGGCAGCUUUAUUUGUUUAACGUAUUUCAUACACAGAUGCAAUUCAAUUCUACCUACUUUGAUAGCACAGUUCAGCGACCUCUCUGAUGAACAAAUCUGAAUUUAUAAUUAUAUGUACAUGAUUGAAAACUAAAAUACAUUAAUAUAGUGCGUUGCAUCAUGGUGCAGUUGCUCAUUUCUCAGUUUUAAGGUUUCUCUGCAUCAACACACCUGACUUUAUUCAUUAGGUAAUUAACAGACAGGCUUCUUUAGAACUCGAUGACGUCGGUGUCGGGUAGUUCAACCGUUGAAUCAGGUGUUACGGAGCCGGGAAACGACUGAAACCUGAAGGGUUGUAGGCUACCAGCCAGUACAAGGAUUGGACACCGCUGCAAUAAAUCAAGCUAAUGCGCAUGCGUGAAACAUUUUAUAAAAAACAAAUACUAUCACGUUUAUUGACGGUAUCCGUAGAGUUAUUUUACUAUCAUCAGUUUGUUAAAUGUACGAAAUACACGUUGCCCUCAUUAAUUAAAACGCAGCAAUUCAAACGAAAGCUAUCGUACUAAUCUGGAGGCGUGACGAACACCGCCAUGUUCCCACAAUGCAUUGAGCGGGUUAGAAAGUUAUUAUUUUAUGCUCAAUUUAACUCCCUAUAUCGCACGUUUAACACACCUGCUAUAGUGUAAUGUUAAGUUAAAAAAAUCAUUAGCAAGAGCACAUUUUUGAGUUUUGGAGUGUGUAACCGUAAUGUAGACGGGUAUGUUGGAGAAUGGGCUGCGACACUGAAACGCUGUUUCGUUAGUACUCUUGUUUCUCUUCAGAUCGUAUAAAUCUUUCGCCUUUUACUAAAGAUUUCCGUGGAGAGGAACAACAAGAGCUUAACACAAUUUUUUGAUGCCCUGCCUUAUGGUGGGGUCCCUUCACACUGUCUAAAACAAAGUUACGCUGUUAGAUACGGGACUCAAACCUCGUUGGAGCUUUAUCACUCCAGUUAUGAGCAUUUAGAUAGCUAUAAGUCUAUUUAAGACUCAGCAUUAGCGUAUACAAGAAAAAGAACACCGUACAUCAGAAUAAGAUUUAAACUACCUGCAUCUCAAUUUCUAGUCAAAUUUCAGACACUUAACAACUUUUAGUAUUUAUUAACUUAGUAGUUACAGGCUGUAUCUUUCAGUGUUGCACCGUUUCUGUACGUAAUAUAUUUACAAACGCUCGAUUUGAGAAAAAAAUUAUUCUGGGUUUUCAUCGAAUUACAUUCACAUGUGUUACUAUACGUUCUUUAUUAUAAAAAUCUAUGACAUUUUAAAUGUAAACAUUUAAAAGCGUCAAAAGAUUAUUCGCGCAAUGCAUUGUGGGAACACGGCUGUGUUUCGUUACUUUUUGCUUCAGUUUGUGAAACUGAUUUAUUUUUAUAUACAUAUGAACAUCAACAAAUUUCUUAUGCAUGUUUAUUAAAGCGAUUAUAGUAAAGGCUGUAUCUAUUCGUUACUAAUACAUACGCAGCAGUCUGUUUAUGAAGGAAAUGUUUGACGCAUGCGCAGACUUGAAUGUGGGUGUGUAUUCAAGGAACCGUAAUGCAGACGGCUAUGUGGGGACAACGGGUCCCAAACUCGAGAAUUUCACGCAGUACACUCUUGGUUCUCUUCAGAUCGAAUAAAUCUUUCGCCUUUUACUAAAGAUUUCCGUGGAGAGUAACAGCAAGAGCUUAACCCAAUUUUUUGAUACCCUUCUCUGAGGUGGGGUUCCUUUACACUGUAUAAAAUAAAGAUACCCUGUUAGAUACGGGAUUAAAAACUCAUUAGAGCUCCUGUACUCCAGUGACGAACGUUAAGAUAGCGUAAAAUCUAUAUAAGACUUAGCGUAAGCGUAUACAAGAAAAAGAACACCAGAAUAAAAUUUAAAAUACCUGCAUCUCAAUUUCUAGUCAAAUUUCAGACACUUAACUUUUAGUAUUUAUCUACUUAGUAGAUACAGUCUGUAACUUUCAGUGUUGUACCGUUUCUGUACGUAAUAUAUUUACAAACGCUCGAUUUGAGAAAAAAAUUAUUCCGGGUUUUCAUCGAAUUACAUUCACAUGUGUUACUAUACGUUCUUUAUUAUAAAAAUCUAUGACAUUUUAAAUGUAAACAGUUAAAAGCGUCAAAAUAUUAUUCGCGCAAUGCAUUGUGGGAACACGGCUGUGUUUCGUUACUUUUUGCUUCAGUUUGUGAAACUGAUUUAUUUUUAUAUACAUAUGAACAUCAACAAAUGUCUUAUGCAUGUUUAUUAAAGCGAUUAUAGUAAAGGCUGUAUUUAUUCGUUACUAAUACAUACGCAGCAGUCUGUUUAUGAAGGAAAUGUUUGACGCAUGCGCAGACUUGAAUGUGGGUGUGUAUUCAAGGAACCGUAAUGCAGACGGCUAUGAGGGGACAACGGGUCCCAAACUCGAGAAUUUCAGGCAGUACACUCUUGUUUCUCUUCAGAUCGUAUAAAUCUUUCGCCUUUUACUAAAGAUUUCCGUGGAGAGGAACAACAAGAGCUUAACUCAAUUUUUUGAUGCCCUGCCCUGAGGUGGGGUUCCCUUACACUGUAUAAUAAAAAUACACCCCUUAUGUGACGGACUUAUCAGCUCGCACGAGCGUCUUGUUCUUCACUCAUGACCGUUUCAGUAGCAUCACUGAAACAAGACUGAGGAAAAUUUAACAUACCUGCAUUUCAAUUACUAGUCUAAUUUCAGACAUUGACAACUUUUAGUAUUCAUUAAUUUAGUAGACAGGCUGGAACUUUCAGUGUUCUGUACCUUGUGGUGGGGAUCCUUUACACUGCUGAAGAGUAAAAGCAUGUUGUAAUUAAUGGUAACGUCAUGUAUUCAACAUAUUAACAUAUUCCAAUCUUUCAAUCUCAAGUUAAAUCAUUUAAUGAAAUUUGCUUUUGCUUUAUAUACAAUAGAUUAACUAAUGCACUCGAUUUGCGUCAUUUAUACCUUGUUUUUCCGUUUUCUGGAUUAUCCGCACUCAUGAGUGUUACAAAUAUGCUUUUCAACUCGUUCUGUAUUUUAAAAUGACAUUUGAAAUAUAAACUAUUAAAAGCGUCAAAAUAUCCAAUAGUGCAGUGCAUUGCAAGAACACAGCUGUGUUAGUUACUCUAACUUUUUAGUGCUCCAGUUUGUAAAACUGAUUUAUUUCUAUAUUAUGUGAACAUCACCAUAUGUCAAACAAAGUGAUUAUAGUACAUGCUUUAUAUGUAUAUUAUUCAUGUUUGACGCAUGCGCAGACUUGAAUGUGGUUUUGCGUUCAAGGACCCGUAAUGCAGACGGCUACGUGGGAAAAACGAGUCCCACACUCAGGGGUUGGUCUGGUAUUCACUCUUGUUUCUCUUCAGAUCGUAUAAAUCUUUUGCCUUUUACUAAAAGUUUCCGUGGAGAGGAUGAACAAGAGUUUUCUCCAAUUUUUGAUACCCUGCUUUGUGGUGGGGUCCCUUUUCUGCAUAAAAUAUAAAAAUAAUUAUAGAUGCUGAAGUCAUUUAUGCAACCUACAUACAUUUAAUAAUGACUCUUAAACGCAAGUUAUUUAUUGAAAUUUCACACUGAGGCUUGCGGCACCUUGUUAUUUAGUUUUCUGGAUUAUCCGCACCCAUGAGUGUUACAAAUAUGCUUUUCAACUCGUUCUUUAUUUAAAAGCUACAUUUGAAAUAUAUACAUUUAAAAGCGUCAAAAUAAUAAUUCGUGCAAUGCAUUGUGGGAACACGGCUAGGUUAGUUAUUUUUUUAGUGCUUUAGUCUUCAAAACUGAUUUAUUUUUAUGUUAUAUAUGAACAUCACCAAAUGUCUAAUAAAGUGAUUAUAGUAAAUGCUUUAUCGAUACGUCACUAAUACACAGCAGUCUGCUUAUGAAGGAAAUGUUUGACGCAUGCACAGACUUGAAUAUGGUUGUGUAUUCAAGGAACCGUAAUGCAGACGGCUAUGUGGGGAGAGGAACGACAAGAGUGUAUCUAAAUUUUACACCCAGGCUACAAACAUUUAAUAAUGUACCAGAUCAAGUAUUGCACUAUCGGUUUCUCUUUUUCACAAAUUUCAGUUAAUGAUGUUUUGCAGGUGAUUCAUGCGCUACCCUCAUCUGGUGCUCCAGGUCCUGAUGGGAUCGACUGCAAAUUUAUUAAGAUGGCAGCUUACGAACCUGCCCUUCCAUUAGCCAUGCUUUUAAAUCUUUCAUUUAACACUUGCUCAGUCCCUGCUCUAUGGAAAGUUACAAAAAUACUUCUAUUAUUUAAAAGAAGGUGAUGCUUGCGAGCCAAAUAAUUAUAGGCCCAUAGCUUUAAUAAAUACAGGCAUUAAAGUUUUCGAAAAGCUAGUAUUUAGUCAACUUUAUAGUUAUCUCGAGGACAACAAUAUACUUUCUCAAUUUCAGUCAGGUUUUAGGAAGAACUUCUCAACCACUGCUGCUGUAACCAUGCUUGUUAAUUAUAUUCAAUAGGGUUCUACAUGAGCUUACUCACUGGAGCAAUUUUCCUCGAUUUUAUGGAAGCUUUUGAUCUGGUUGAUCAUUAUUUAUUUUUAGAUAAGUUAAAUGCAAUUGGGCCGUCUAGGUCGUCGUUACUCUGGUUUAAUUCCUUUCUUCACCAUUGUUUUCCAUUUGUUUCUUUAAAAGGUGCCAACUCACAGAUCAGAGGAAUUUCUAGAGGAGUUCCGCAGGGUUUAUCAUUAGGGCCUUUAUUGUUUUCCAUUUUUGUAAAUGAUCUCCCUCUCUGUUGCUCCACAUGCUCCAUUUGUACAGAUAUCCAACUUCAUAUUGAGAUCUGAUGUAUCUAAUGUGUUUCUUUAAAGUGUUCCUUUAAUUUUUGUGAGCAGUGUAGUAUCAGAUCGAAUGAUCAACUCUCUUUUGUUGUACCUUUUUUCAAAAAGAAUCAGGAAAAACUGCUUUUUGUGUCAAAGCCCCAGCACAUUGGAAUAGACUCCUUCUGGAGAUACAAUUGAUUACUUCUUUUUGACGAUUCAAAAAUUCUGUCUAUUCACAUGUUACAUCUUCUUGCAUCAUUUUGUUUAUUUGCGCAAUGCUUUAUGGGAACAUGUCGGUGUUUAGUUACGCCUCUAACUUUAUUUGUGUGCUUCAGUUUGUUGAAUUUAAUUUAAUUUAAAAUACAGACACCAAAUGGCUUUUGCAUCUAUGAUAAAGAGAUUAUAAUGAUUUUUUUAUAUGUUUCUCCUAAAUACGUAAUUUGUGAUUAAAAUGUUUAAUGCAUGCGCACACUUAAAUUCGGUUGUGCGUUCGAGGAACCGCAGUGCAGACAACUGUGUGGGAUGAAGGGGUCCCACACUUACUGCCAUUAAUGUUAGAUCACUCUUGUUUCUCUACGGAUCAAAUAAAUCUUUUGCCUUUUCUUAAGGGUUUACAUGGAGAGGAACAAGAGUUGACCUACAUUUUUGAAGCCCUGGUCAAACAUAUUGACCUUAUUAGUGUUGAAUGACAAUCUGUGAUAGUAACGGUGGUCCAAGCAUUGGUGAAUGCAUGAAUCCAUCAUCAGGGUAAAGGAUUCAAACUUCUCACUACGAUACAGAGAUGAGCUAAGAUAUAAAAAUAUGUUAGAAAUUUGCAUCUAACCAGUUCCUCUUUAAAUACUGCUGGAUAAGAAAACGUCUCCUUAUUAUAAGCAAAAAUAUUUAAAAAAAAAGGCUCUUUAUCAAAUGUGUGAAGAGAUGGAUGUGAAACUCUGCAGGGUGAGAGAGGUUAUAAUGGUGUAACAAGUGGACCGUUUCUUAUGAAAACAGCAGUUUCUGCUAUGUGAUCAUUAGUAAACUACCAGCUUCCUGUUGCAAGACAGUUGUUUUUUGACUUUCUGUCCUGCAACAGCGACAAACUGAUAACAGUUGGACAGUCGUCCACUUGUCUCUCUCGGAGGGACGCACCAUCAGAUGAGCAGCCAUGGAGCUGUUUCUCCUCCAGCUGCUCAUCAUGUCUCCUUACUGCUGCAGCUCCCGGUCUCAGGAAUUUACCGGCCCAGCUGUCCGCGUCCAAAAAUCCCCACCCGCCACGGCAGGCCCGGUUCUGCAGGACCAUCCCUUUAUUGUUGUGUGGAACAUGCCCACAGCAAACUGCCAGAAGCACAAUGUCCAGCUGGACUUGGAGGAGUUUGAUAUCGUGGUGAAUCGUAAGCAGCGCUUCCAGGGUCAGAAAAUGACUAUCUUCUAUCGGGAUCGUCUGGGGGAAUAUCCAUACCUCUCCCAUGAUGGCAGGAGGAUGAACGGAGGGCUCCCUCAGCUGGGAGACCUCUCUGCCCACCUUUCCCUCACAGUAGCACAGCUGUCUUUUCUGCUGCGCCCCAACUUCUCUGGUUUGGCUGCCAUCGACUGGGAGGAGUGGCAGCCGCUCUGGGAGAGCAACUUCGGAUCCAGAAUGGAGUACCGGAGGCUCUCCAAGCAACUGGUGAGGCAGGAGAGACCAGAUUUGUUGGAGAAGAAUGUGGCCUUGUUGGCACGGCAACAGUUUGAGGAAAGUGCUCAGCUGUUUAUGGAGGAGACGCUUCGGCUGGUGGUCAGGAAUCGACCCAAAGGAUUCUGGGGCUUUUAUGGUUUCCCUUCAUGCCUAAAUAAACACAAAAGAAAGACAGAUAAAACCUACACUGGACGAUGCCACAAAGGAACCAGGAAGCAGAAUGACCGUCUGUCCUGGCUCUGGACCCAGUCCACAGCUCUGUAUCCCAGCAUCUACCUUCCUGAGAGGCUGGCCGGAUCUCCAGACGCAGCUCUGAUGGUCAGACACAGGCUACUGGAGGCUUUGAGAGUUGCAUCCCUUUGGCGUCAUGGCAACAGCACCAACCACACCACACCUGUCCUUCCUUAUGCCCGACUGGCGUUCACACACACGCUCAACUUCCUCAAUAAGACAGACUUGGAGCACACACUCGGGGAGAGCGCAUCCCUCGGAGCAGCCGGAGUUGUGUUGUGGGGAGAAAUGAAAUUUGCCAAAUCCAAGCAACAGUGCAUCCUUCUCAAAAACUACAUUCACAACACUCUGGGUCCAUUCGUGCAAUCUCUGAGGUCCAACACGCAGAGCUGCAGCGUCCAGCGUUGUCACAGUAACGGACGCUGCAUAAGGCGACGCGCGGGCGCAGGUCACUGGUUAUCUCUGGCUUCUGCUCCCUCAUCGGACCCUUUUGAAGGUGAUGGUUCCACCAGCAGCAAAUAUUUUCACAGAUAUUUCCUGUGUCAGUGCUAUUCAGGCUGGACUGGACCGGAAUGUUGCAGGAAAGAGGAAGAGAUCUAACAUUCAUUGUCUUCCUAAAGGCCUUAUUCAUUUAAAUCCUCUUUCAAAUAAAGGUCUACAAGACACA